CGUAGUUCGUAAUUUACUAUAAAAGUAAUACUCUUUUUUUUCCUCGCUAGGAACACAGCAGAGAUUUUGCCCAUGAUCUCAUCAAACUUGGCUAGUUUCCCUGUGCUGCUAGAAAAUAUAACGUGGAUAAGAAACUUCUCACUGGCAGAUGGCCAGUUGGUAGGUCAAUCACACAUGUCUCACAGAGUGGGUUUGAAAAACUUAAGACAGUUAGACACUUAUUUCUUUAUUUGUUACCUUUGUUUCCUAUCCCAUCUCUCAAAUAUCCUUUAUGAACGGGUUUCCGCAAAGCGGGGUUCCACCGUACGACUGUAAACUUUUUCGCGCCAUAUUUUUUUCUUUUCAAGUUAGUCAGGACGUAACUAAUCGAUAGAAAUCGAUCAUCGAAAAUGUAAUCGAUUAAUCGAUAAUACUCGAUAGUACUCGAUAUUUGUCGAUUGAUUAGUCAAUUUAAUCGAUUGAAAUCGAUAAUCACAAAUUUUUUGUCGCAUCUAUGGAAAUCGAAAAUCUGAAACGUGAUCUGAUCUUAUCACAACACUGCGUAACACUUACCUUCAAGCUUACCUUCGAAUCCGCUUUGUUGAUAAAGAUGAUGUUACUUCUUUCUCCAAUGGUAGCUACUUUUCUUAUUUAUUUUUUGUACCAGGAUCACUGCUGUAAAUUUGUACUCUAGAAUCGUCAGAAUCGUGGUAAAUAGCCGGAGUCACUAAUGUAGAAAUUGGCAAACUGUCGUCCGUUUUCCGAGAAUUGAGAAGGGUAUUGUUCGAGCGCUUAUUGGGAAACACGCAUGGUGGCUUACGGAGCGCGGAGAAUCUUCGUCCAUUUUCAUUUCGAUCAUUGUCGAACAAAUCGAUAAAAUCGAUAGCUAAUUACAGAAAUCGAUCAAAAUCGAAAAUCACAAAGACGCGAGUGAUCGAUUUCUAUCGAUUUCCGAUAUUAAUCGAUUGAUUAGUAUGGAUUACGAUCGAUUACGUUCGAUUUCUAUCGAGUAUCGAAAAUAUCGAUUAGUUACGCCCUGAGUUAGUUCGACGUUCGAUCUCGCAGUCGAACUCAACGGGUCGACCUAAACGGCAAUUUGGUUCGUCUUACGAAAAGUUCGACUUUUGGCAUUGGCUUUAGUUUCUCUUAAAAGCUAUACCCCCUUCAUAUGAGGCAAUUUUUUCAGUCUUCUCUGCAUCAAAACUUGUUUUCUUUUCUGUUUGUAGCUGGGAGUCCUGUCCUCUAUCGAGUCAUCAUUUGCUGAGAUUCAGAGCUUCUAUCAAGCAUUGUGUCAGAGUCGAAAGCUCAUGGCGCAACUUGGGGAGGAACAUGGAAAACAGAUGAAUUCACUGGAAACUAUUUAUUCAUAAUUGUUUGUUCACAAUUCUAAGCAUAGAAAUCAUUGUUUAAAAGCAGACACAACACGACGGACACUUGUAUU